UUCGAAUGAAAAAAAUUUUAAACUCCAAAAAAAAAAGUGAAAAAUUGUGGAAAGCCAGCCGACGACCUCGAGGAUCUUCUCCAGAAGGUUGUGCCCCAUGGAUUCCUUCAUCCCCAUGUCGACUUUCUCACACCUCGAUUUACCCUUAUCUUCCCCCUCACUCCCCAUCAAUUUCUGAACGAUGGCGACAGUCGAUUGUGCACUUCCCGGUGAUCCUCAGUCUCUCAGGAUGUCCUCUAAGCAGCUGAGAGUGAAGGCUCAGGAGUUCCUCACCUCCAGAAAAUACGCCAACAACUUGGUGGACAUAAUAAACCAAUUGGACGAUUGCGGUACACUAGGAGUCCUCACCCUCGAGACUAUCUUCCUGGAGCUCCUGAAGAGAGGGGACAUGUACCUGGAGAGGACCAUCUCAUUGACGAUAUCAGAGCCAAGUCCAGAGCUGCGCUACACCACGUGGCUGCGCAGCUGCUACGAAGACCUCUGGGAGAAACUUUUAUCCUUCAUCUCAGACUCUCGUCAAUCUCUGCAGCUGCAGUCGCUCUCGACAUCCCUGAAGCUCCUCUCCCAAGAGGGAAGAACUCCAAUUGAGCCAACGGGGGACCUAUCCUACUACUUUCCGCUGCACCGUCUGAAGCCCCUGCUGAUGCGCCUGCUGUCCCCAGACCGUGACAACGUGGCACUACUCUCUCGCUUUCAGGAGAUGUCAUCCUACCAGGACGCGCUGUACUACACCUGGAAAUCGCUGCCAGCACUGACACCGAAACGUCAACCUCCAGACCUCUUCAUAAAAAAUCUCCUGGAGCUACUAGACAAAAUUCCACUACCAAAGGACGAAGAGAUCCCGCAGGAGCUGCUGUGUGGUCGCCCUGACAGCAGUCCCUUCGCCUGGGAUCAGCUGUCAGUGAGAAGAACAUUGAACAAAACUUGGUCAUGCGUCAUGCACUGGGAGCUGUCUCCCCAGCUGCACAAACACCUACUGAUUGUUCUACUGGAGAGGAUAAUGCCCCACCUGGAGAAGCCAGUGCUCCUCACGGACUUCUUGAUGGACUCCCUGGACGCCGACGGUCCCAUAGGACUUCUCGCUCUUCAAGGUGUCUUUCUACUCGUCACCAAGCACAACCUGGAGUAUCCCAACAUCUUUACGAAGCUCUAUUCCAUGUUCGAGCCGGAAAUAUUUCACACCAAGUACAAAGCAAGAUUGUUUUACUUGUCUGAUCUAUUUCUCAGCUCGACGCACCUCCCAGAGGCUCUCGUCGCCGCUUUUGCAAAAAGACUGGCUAGACUGACACUCGUGGCACCUCCAGAGGACAUUCUCAUAAUUCUGCUAUUCAUUGGAAAUCUUUUACUGAGACAUCCUGGCUUGAAAAGACUCAUUGAUCAUCCUGGAGGUGGAAUUGCAUGUGAAAGGAACUCUGGAGUUGGCGAUCCUUUCCUCAUGGAGGAACGCGAUCCUCUCCAGAGUAAUGCCCUCUCCAGCAGCCUCUGGGAGAUCAGGGCACUGCAAUUUCAUGUCCUGCCCAGUGUGGCCACUGCUGCAAGGUUUAUCAAUGAUCCUCUACCCUCUGUCGAAUAUGAUAUGGCCAAUGCCCUGGAGAGAACUGGCGGUCAUAUUUUUGAUAAGGAAAUCAAGAACAGAGUUAAGGAUAUUAUGCUCACGUUUGAGAGACCCUCUUUGGGGGUCUCCAAGGGUGAGAGACUCGCACAGUACUGGCAACUCACCAUGCGUUGAGAGAAUUAUUCAGUAGUCGAGUGAUGAUGGGAUUAGUCGAAUUUAAGGUUUACCUUUAUUUUUGAUUUUGGCAUUUUGACAGAAAACCAGCGGUUUUAAGAUGAAAACCAAUAGAACCUUUUUUGGGAAGGAUUAAAUUUUGAGUCGAAAAGGUCCUAUUGACUUUCAUUGAAAAAUCAAUACUGGGGGCGAUACGUAAAGGCUUGUGAAUUUGAAUUAUCUCACUUUACCACUUCGCUACUGAGUUAUAAUUGUUGAAUUUUUAGGACCCAUCCGUCGGUAGGAUUGGGUCAGACCUCCGCGAAGAGUUCGUGAGAUGUUUGAUAUUUUUCGGGAAUUCUCUCGUUGUACCCCGGCGUGAGGAAUUUUCGUUUAUAGAAUUUUUUAUAAAUUCCUAAAAUCGUGCGAUACGAUUUUUGAUUGAUACGGGGAUUGAUUCAAUUCAGUGAACGAUUGAAAAACGUCAGACAAAAAAGAUAUGGUUUUUUUUCUUUCAUUACUUUUCACCUUUCUACCGGUGGAGUAAUGAAUCCCCUUGAUUUCGUUAUAUUUUUUUUUGUUUAGAGGCUUUCCCUUUUUGGAGUACAUUUAAGUCAGACUACAAAUACAGGAAUCGAUUCCCUGAUUCAUAAAGCCCAUAAUACCCCACAUAUUGGAUAGAAGAUUGCAUGGGGCGAAUAAUUUUGAAUAUAAGGUAGAUAGGAGCGAGAAUAAAUUGACGAAUUACCGGCCCCAAAGCAGAAAAACUGAUUUCUUAUAGUUUUUUCUGGUUUAUAUUUUGUCUCGAAGUGAAUGACAUUUUAUUAAAAAAUUUUUCUCGUUGAAUCUUCGGAUUUUGCAAUUCUUAGAGGACGACAUUUUUGUUGAUUCGAGUGCAUUCACUCGUUUCAUUAUACCAUAAUAGUUGGAGUAUGUGCACCCACAUAAUGAAUUAUUAUCGUGAGAAACUAGUCGAUAGUUUGUACGAUCGUACAUUUUUUUCGUCGGAGGGGAAUCCCAGUUGCACCUCUAGUGCCAAAAUAAAUUGAACACUUUUGUAUCUAUUAUUAUUAGAGUGAAUAAAAAUACACUUGUAAUUGGAGAAUAGAGUUUUCUCUCCUCUGC